AUGCAGUGUGAUAUCUCUGCUGAUACUCACUUCGGUCCAAGAGUGUCGCCUUGUCGUCGCGACUUCGACUUUACACUACUCUUCGAGCAGGGAAUCCUCGCUUUAGUUCCCGAUCUGUCAUUCCUCAUUCUAUGCUUUUGUCGGUGGUAUUUUAUUCGCGGGGAGCGGAAAGAGAUACGCCGCGGGGCGGUUAGCUCUUACAAGAUGAUGUUCUAUACGCUAAUGCUGGCGCUGAAGAUCGUUCUCCUUAUUUUAUGGUGUUUACCGCAGUUUCUGGUAACAAAGAUCUCAGUUGCGUCCGCUACGGUGGGCAUGAUUAGCACUCUGGCGCUGUUACUACUUUCGCACUAUGACCAUGCACGUUCCCUAAAGCCUUCGAGUUUGAUCUGCCUAUAUCUUCUGGGGAGCAUCAUAUUUGAAAUUGCGCAAGUACGGACUUUGUGGUUGUUCCAUCCUAUAAGCUACUCUCUCGCGGCGACAGCCACUGCUGCUCUCGUGGUCCGGUCCCUGUUGCUCGUAUUGGAGACGAGCGAGAACAGAGACACUCUAAGCCCCCAAAACGGCCGUAUUUCUCCAGAAAGUUUCACCGGGAUCUUCAGUCAGAGUACCUACUGGUGGCUUAACGGGCUGUUUAUAAGUGGCUUCCGAGACGAGCUAUCCCUCGACGAUCUCUAUCCACUAGAUGAGAAACUCUUGACUAAGUCUCUCAUUUCCCGCGGUGAUCAGCAAUGGAAAGAGAAACCCACUCGACGGCUAGCACUUUUCCGUAAUAUCAUUUACGACUUGAAAUGGACGGUAGCAGCGGCUGUCGCCCCUCGCCUUUGUUUGAUUGGGUUCAAGUUUGCCCAGCCCUUUCUCAUUAACGACCUCAUCAAUUACGUGUCCGACAACGACUCCAGUGAGGUAUCCGGGGUCAAAUAUGGCUUCAUCGGUGCGACAGUGUUAAUUUACGUAGGGAUAGCAGUAAGCACUGCUUUGUUCAAGCGUCAAGUUAUUCGUAUGAUCACUAUGACUCGUAGAUCGUUAGUUACGAUGAUAUAUGUGAAGACCCUUCGCCAAACUUCCGGUCGAUGUCAAGAGACACGUUCGACCACCUUAAUGAGCACCGACGUUGAUCGGGUUGUCGCCGGGCUGUUGAACUUCCACGAGCUCUGGGCAUCACCGGUAGAGAUCGUGAUUGCGCUUGUGCUUCUAAGCAGAUCCGUUGGAUACCCCUCGGCCGCCGCUCUGGCUGUUACUUUGGUGAGCGUACUAGGGUCCUCCUAUCUCGCACCUCGAAUGCGGCAAUGGCAAAAGAUUUGGGUGCAAGCUGUUCAAGAGAGAGUCAGUUUCACUUCGGUGAUACUCAAAGAACUGAGACAGAUCAAAAUGUUCGGUGUCGAGUCCGAUAUAGGACUUAAGAUACACAAACUUCGCGAAUUGGAACUACGUCAAUCUAAGCCCUAUCGAUCAAUGAUUGUCGGUGUGAAUGUUUUGAGCGCGCUAUCGACUGCUAUCACUCCCGCUGUGACAAUAGCCGUGUAUGCCGCUACACAGCUGAAGCUUAGGCUAGAGACACCUAGCACUGAUAUUGUGUUCACGUCUUUAUCCUUAAUUUCCCUUCUGACAACCCCCGUGGUGUUAUUAUCGGUCGCAUGGACGAGAUUCACAUCCGCUACUGGCUGUUUUGAUCGGAUCCAAGAAUUUCUUUACAAGGACAGCCGAGCGAAUGAGGUCCUAGUAGAGAGUGAAUGGGUAGCACCUGAGAACGUUUCAGGAACGAAGCUUAACUCAGUAUCGGCUCAGUCCCAGCCCCUUGUUUGUAUGGCUGACUGUAGCUUCAGCUUGGGCCUGGAUAAUCCAGCAAUUCUUGAUGGGAUAACACUGAAGAUACAGUAUGCUUCAUAUACAGCGGUGACUGGCCCUAUUGGCUCCGGCAAGUCAUCCUUACUCGAAGCAAUACUUGGCGAAAUGUAUCUAAGAGAAGGGAGUCUGUCCGUUAGUUCGGUCAAGGUGGCGUAUUGCAAGCAAAAUCCGUGGAUAUUCAAUGGCACACUAAAAGCGAACAUCAUCGGGGAAUCACACGCUGACGAGAAAUGGCUCGAAGAGGUGCUAUAUGCUUGUGACCUGGAUAUUGAAGCCACAACACUUCCUCUCGGACUAGACACAGUAGCUGGGAGCUCAGGAGCUCAGCUAAGUGGAGGACAGAAGCAGCGAGUGGCUUUGGCCAGAGCAAUCUACGCGAGGCCAUCUUUACUGGUUUUAGAUGACUGUUUUGGCCCCUUGGAUACAGUGACAUCGAGGAUAGUCUUCCAACAAGUGCUCGGUCGUGCUGGCCUGGCCAGAAGGAUCGGUAUGGCUACCAUUCUUGUGACAACAGCAGACGUUUUGACUUGUAUCGCACAAGGCGCCUUGAUAGCUACUGGAUCAGGCUACAUGUCUGUCGUAAUCCCCUUCUGCAUUAUGGCAGUAUGGACAAUCCAAGCUUUCUACUUGCGUACUUCACGGCAGAUCAGACUCCUUGAUCUAGAAGCAAAGGCUCCCCUUUACACCCAAUUCUUGGAAACCAUAGAGGGUCUUACGACUAUCCGUGCACUUCAUUGGCAGCAUGAAUUUGCACAUCAAAAUGCCGAGCUCCUCGACAGGUCCCAGAAGCCAUUUUACACUAUGUACUCCAUUCAGCAGUGGCUACAGGUUGUUUUGGAUCUCCUUAUGGCGGGGCUUGCGACCGUUCUAGUUACAUUGGCUAUUUUUGUGAGCAAGAAGACUAGCUCUGGAGCCCUCGGCGUUGCUCUUGUGAACCUGCUUUCAUUCAACGCAACAUUGACAUCCUUAAUCACGAACUGGACACAGUUGGAGACUUCUCUAGGGGCAAUUGUGAGAGUCAAACAAUUUGUGACAGACCUGCAACUACAACCGGCUAGGAAUGAGAUAGCUUGUCCAGAGGGUUGGCCGUGGGAAGGUCGAGUGGAAUUUCGAAAGGUUUCUGCGUCAUAUGGGGGACAUGUUUCCACCCCUGUAUUGCAAAGUGUCUCAUUUAGCCUAGAGGGCGGCCAGAAGCUAGGUAUUUGUGGGAGAACCGGAAGUGGAAAGAGUUCUUUGCUUGCUUGCUUUUUCUCUCUCGUAACGAUCACGUCUGGCGAAAUCUUCAUUGACGGUGUCGAUAUCUCAACUCUUCCCAGAGAGAAGCUUCACUCUGCAUUGGUCCCAAUUUCUCAAACCCCAUUGGUUAUUCCCGGUUCAAUCCGUGAAAACCUUGCCUUGGGAAUAACAUCAACUAUCGAUGAUUCGGCGAUGGUAUCUGCGUUGAAGGAAGUCGGACUUUGGCAUCAAAUUCGAGACCAUGGUGGCCUGAGUGCGAACAUCGAUACAACUAAUCUGUCCAAUGGCCAAAGACAGAUUUUAUGCAUUGCCCGUGCUAUUCUAUUUCCUGGUAGGAUCAUCAUCAUGGAUGAGCCUACAGCUGGAUUUGAUGAGCAUACCGAGAGAUUGGCCACGGGGCUUCUUCGUGAGAAGCUGAAAGGACGGACUAUAAUCUCAAUUACCCAUCAAAUCAAUACUGUGAUGGACUCGGAUCUGGUCAUGGUCAUGAAGCACGGUACAGUACCUGAAUUAGGAGCACCGCAAGAGCUUUUGAGUAGGCGGGGCAUGUUUUGGCAGUUGUACUCGGCAAAUACAAUAUAG